AUGAGCGCGAAGCUGAUUGACGGGAAGGGGACGGCGGCACAGAUCCGCCAGGAGCUCGCAGCCGAGGUCGCGGAGCUCAAGGAGAAGCACGGCAAGGUUCCUGGGCUGGCGGUGGUCCUGGUGGGGGACCGGAAGGACUCGGAGACGUACGUGCGCAACAAGAAGAAGGCCUGCGAGGAGGUCGGGAUCGUGAGCUACGGCACCGACAUGCCGGACACCGCCACGGAGGAGGAGAUCCUCAACGUCGUGCGCGACUACAACUCCAACCCCAACGUCCACGGCAUCCUCGUCCAGCUCCCGCUGCCGAAGGGCAUCAACGAGGCGCGCGUGCUGGACGAGAUCUCGAUCGACAAGGACGUGGACGGGUUCCACCCGCUCAACAUCGGGAUGCUGGCGAUGCGCGGGCGGGACCCGCUGUACGUGCCGUGCACGCCGCGCGGGUGCAUCGAGCUGCUCGAGCGCGGGGGGUUCCAGGUCGCGGGCAAGAAGGCGGUGGUGGUGGGGCGGUCCAACAUCGUGGGGACGCCCGCCGCGAUGCUCCUGCAGCGCCGCGACGCCACCGUGUCGGUCGUGCACUCGCGGACGCCGGACCCGGAGAAGUUCAUCAAGGACGCCGACAUCGUCAUCGCCGCGUGCGGCAUCGCAGAGUUCGUCAAGGGGGAGUGGCUGAAGCCCGGGUGCGUGGUGAUUGACGUGGGCAUCAACGCUGUGGACGACCCGAGCGCCAAGCGCGGGUACCGGCUGGUGGGCGACGUGAACUUCAAGGAGGCGUCCGAGGUUGCCGCCGCGAUCACACCCGUGCCCGGCGGCGUGGGGCCGAUGACCAUCGCGAUGCUGCUCAAGAACACCGUCGACGGAGCGCGGCGCACGUUCGAAGCGUCGUCGUAG